AUGACAGUACUAAUAAUUUGUGAAACGUCAUUCUUGGACCUUAAUACGUUUUCCCAUCUCAGUGAAGUGGGUCAGUUUGACAAUCUAGAGCAAGGUAAGGUAAACGAAAUCAAACAAGAAGACAGGGACAACUAUGAAGGGCAUACUGAUAAAAUCAAACAAGAAGACAGGGACAACUAUGAAGGGCAUACUGAUAAAAUCAAACAAGAAGACAGGGACAACUAUGAAGGGCAUACUGAUAAAAUCAAACAAGAAGACAGGGACAACUGUGAAGGGCAUACUGAUAAAAUCAAACAAGAAGAUAGGGACAACUAUGAAGGGCAUACUGAUAGAAUCAAACAAGAAGACAGGGACAACUAUGAAGGGUAUACUGAUAAAAUCAAACAAGAAGACAGGGACAACUGUGAAGGGCAUACUGAUAAAAUCAAACAAGAAGAUAGGGACAACUAUGAAGGGCAUACUGAUAAAAUCAAACAAGAAGACAGGGACAACUAUGAAGGGCAUACUGAUAAAAUCAAACAAGAAGACAGGGAUAACUAUGAAGGGCAUACUGAUAAAAUCAAACAAGAAGACAAGGACAACUGUGAAGGGCAUACUGAUAAAAUCAAACAAGAAGACAGGGACAACUAUGAAGGGCAUACUGAUAAAAACAUCCAUAACCAGGAGAAUAGUUUUAAGUUAGAAGAACAUUAUUGA